CUUCUUGUCCUGUUUCCCGAGCAGUCAAUGUCCUCAAUUGGCAGUUGCCUUGUGACCUUUUUAUUUCCCUCUGUCUUUCAUUUUCAUUACCCAAUUGUUACCUAGGUACCCUGACUACCAAUCGAUCUCUGGAUCGGAUCCCGGCGACACAACAACUGAAGCUGACAUUGAGUGAAAAGUGGAAUUGAAAAACAGAGAAGCAAUCCACCACUCGGUACAUCCCGACCGACGCAAACCGCAGCAGCACAUUUGAUAACGAGCUUUCAACUCACUGAAUCAAACGGCCUGAUCCCAGUCUGUCAUCCAAUUGACUAUCUGCUCUGUGUCUUGCGGUGGGGUUUAUACGAGACAGCUGAAGAGAAAAAAAAAAAAGAAAAGAAGAAAAAAAAAAAAGACCAAUAAAGAAACACCGAAGUGAAAGUGGAAGCUGGUACAUAGGUACUGUGGGUUGAGUUUGGUGGGCACAGCUUUGAAGUCUUUCCAGGGUUGAGCUUUCGAGAACACAGCACAGUGCCCCUGUUGGACAAGACAACAGCAACUGGACACAGCUGAGAGCUACCAUACUUACUACUUAGUUUGCGUGUCUGUGAUCAUCAUCAUCUUUAUCGAGGAAUUGGAGAUUGGAUACAAGAUGCAUCUGGCGGCGGUAAGAACAAAGACCAAUGCAGUUGCCAUUGGCAGGUGGAAGACUCGCUCUUUAUCAACCACAACAACAACAACAACAACAACAACACCACUAUCCCGCAAAUCAUCAUCACCCCGCACCAUCCAGGCGAUCAUUGCUGCUGGUGCUCGGCCAAGCUGUACCCGCAUUGCAGCUUCCCGCCCGCUGCUAGCGUCCUCCUCCUCCUCCUCCUUCUCCUCCUCGUCCACGCCGGCUUCUUUCGUCAUUCGUCCAUCUUCUGUCACUACUAGUACUACCCAGCACGUCUCCCGGUUCCACUCUGUCUCGUCGUCGUUGUUGUCGGUCCCCUCUUCUUCUUCUUCUUCUUCUUCCACUUCUACUUCUACUUCUGCUACUUCUUCGCCCAGGACUUCUACUUUUACUACUUCUCGCCUUCGCCCCAAGCUUCAGACUUGCGCUGUUCCUCCUCCGUUUCUUGUUCUUGGAUCCCGCUACUGCUCUGCCCACGCAAGAGCCAAACGCCGCGAAAACAUGACGGACCGCGACAUCCUCCCCGACAACUUCAAGCCCAUCCACUAUGAUCUCGAGAUCCGUGAUCUUGACUUCACCUCGUGGUCCUACAAGGGCACCGUAAGGAUCGACGGCAAGCUCGUCAAGCCCACCAAGGACAUUGUCCUCAACACCCUCGAGAUCAAGCUCCUCAACGCCAAGUUGACGGCCGGCCCGCAAUCAUGGGAGUCGACCCAGUUUGCCGAGGACACAAAGGCCCAGCGCUCCACCAUCUCCUUCGCCGAGGAGCUCCCCGUCGCCGACAAUGUCUCCCUGACCCUCGACUUCACCGGUGAGCUCAAUCACGACAUGGCCGGUUUCUACCGCUCCCAGUACAAGCCCGCUGCUCCUGCGGCCGCCAGUGUCCCCCGCGACGACGAGUUCCACUACAUGCUCAGCACCCAGUUCGAGUCCUGCGAUGCUCGCCGCGCCUUCCCCUGCUUCGACGAGCCCAACCUCAAGGCCACCUUCGAUUUCGCCAUUGAGAUCCCCGACGACCAGGUCGCCCUCUCCAACAUGCCCGUCAAGGAGACCAAGCCCGCCGGCCCCAACAAGAAGCUCGUCUCCUUCGAGCGCAGCCCUGUCAUGAGCACCUACCUCCUGGCCUGGGCUGUUGGCGACUUUGAGUACGUCGAGGCCUUUACCGACCGCGAGUACAAUGGCAAGAAGCUCCCCGUCCGUGUCUACACUACCCGCGGCCUCAAGGAGCAGGGCAGGUGGGCCCUUGAGCACGCCCCCAAGAUCAUCGACUACUUUUCGGAGCAGUUCGAGAUCGACUACCCGCUCCCCAAGAGCGAUAUCUUGGCUGUCCACGAGUUCACCCACGGUGCCAUGGAGAACUGGGGUCUCGUCACGUACCGCAUGACCGCUAUUCUGUUCGAUGAGAAGCUUUCCGAGGCCAGGUUCCGCAACCGUAUUGCCUAUGUCGUUGCCCACGAACUCGCCCAUCAGUGGUUUGGUAACCUUGUCACCAUGGACUGGUGGGAUGAGCUCUGGCUGAACGAGGGUUUCGCUACCUGGGCUGGUUGGCUGGCAACCGAUCACCUCCACCCUGACUGGGAGGUGUGGCCGCAGUUCAUCAACGAGGGCAUGGACCAGGCUUUCCUCCUUGACUCCGUCCGCGCCUCACACCCCAUCCAGGUCGAGGUUCGCGACGCUCUCGAUGUGAAUCAGAUUUUCGACAAGAUCAGCUACCUCAAGGGUUGCUCCAUGAUUCGCAUGUUGGCCUCCCAUCUUGGUAUCAAGACUUUCCUCAAGGGUAUCGCUCUCUACCUUCAGCGCCACGCUUACGGCAAUGCCAAGACCGAGGCGCUCUGGAAUGCCUUGAGCGAGGCUUCUGGUGUCGAUGUCAACACCAUCAUGCGUCCCUGGAUUGAGGAAAUUGGUUUCCCUGUAGUUAGUGUUACCGAGGGCAAGGAUCAGAUCUCUGUCAAGCAGGCUCGUUUCCUGUCUACCGGCGAUGUCAAGCCUGAGGAUGACAAGACCACUUGGUGGGUUCCUCUGUCCCUCAGGGGUAAGAUUGGUUCGCAGGAUAUUGAGCCACUGUCUCUCCAGACCAAGGAGACUACCAUUGACGGCGUCAGCCAAGACUUUUACCAGCUCAAUGCCAACGCCACUGGCUUCUACCGCGUCAACUACCCCGAGUCUCGUCUCAAGACUCUGGGUACUCAGCUCGCUCAUCUCACUACCGAGGACAAGAUCUUCAUCACUGGUUCCGCGGCCGAUCUUGCGUUUGCUGGCAACUCCACCACUGCCGCUCUGCUGUCUUUCGUCCAGGGUCUAAAGAACGAGACCCACUACCGUGUUCUUAGCCAGGCUUUGGACUCGGUCAAUACUCUCAAGUCUAUCUUUGGCGACGACGAGGAGGUCAAGAAGGGUCUUGAGAAGUUCACUCUCGAGCUUAUUGACAAGGCUCUCAAGGAGGUCGGCUGGGAGCCUAAGCAGGGCGAGAACUACAACAUUCCUCUCCUUCGCAAGCGCCUCCUUCUUACUGCGGUGGCCAACUCGCACGAGGAGGUGAUUAAUGAGGCCUUCAGGCGCUGGAACGAAUGGCGCGCCAACCCUACCGGUGCUCCCAUCCCUGCGGAUCUCCGUCUUCCUGUCUACCGAGCUGCCCUCAAGAAGGACCCCGCCAACGCCGUUGCUGCCAUCAAGGAGGAGUGGUUUACCACCCCCGCCAUCGACGGCAAGGAGGUCUGCCUCCAGGCCCUCGGUCAGGUCACCGACGAGACCCUCAUUGAGGACGUCCUCCUUCCCUUCCUCUUUGACUCUGCGCCUCCCGCUCAUCCCAGAGACUCGGUGCCCGGCGCUGACAUGCACAUUCUGUCUGGCAACAUGGCCGGGAACCGCAUCGCUCGCCCCCUCCUCUGGGCCUACCUCCGCGACAACUGGGACAAGUUCAACGCCAAGCUUGGCGGUAACCCCAUUCUUGUCGACCGCAUGGUCAACGUCAGCUUGCCCAAGUUUGCGGAUCUCGAGACGCUCAAGGAGAUCGAGGACUUCUUUAGCAAGGUCAGCACCAAGGGCUUCGACAGGACGUUGGAGCAGGUCAAGGAUAAGAUCAGGGGACGGGCGGCGUACAAGAUGAGGGAUGCCGAGGUUGUUAAGAGCUGGUUGAAGGCUAAUGGGUACUGCUAAAGGUUGGAUAUUUCGUGUAGCAAUGUAUGAUAGGUAGGUAAAUUCCGGUAUUUGCGAAAUGCAUCCUGGUAUAGAUUUCGUUAGCGGAAUGUGGAGGUUUCAUGUUUAUUUCUUGGAAGCACCGGCUUGGCCGCACGUGAAGUUUCAGCGGCCAUCCUGUUCGUCUGA